CGCGCCCGCCCUAUCUUUGGGGCGCCUUUGUCCCUGUGACGAAAUGCGACUGCCCAUCGCGAAGCCCCUUCGCGUUAGCCCGCCCCGAAUGUCCAUCUCGGCGUGGGCAGCAGACCCGAAUCGACCCUCGAUGCGUUCAGCGGCGCCGUGGUGAUCCUUAGCCGCGACGUUUGAGGUCGCCUCUGCGUGUGGCCCCGAGCUCCAAGGUACAUCUUUCAGCAUGCGCUCUCGAGAACUUUCCCCGACGUCAGGAGUCUACCAAUCGCGAGGGAUGGGCGCGCUCUAUCCAUCUCUAUUCUAUUGAGUGCAGCACCAGACAUCUCGGGCUCGUCAAGGGUGACGCUAGUCUGAGACGACCUGCUCGGCGCUCGGUGGGGUCCUCCAUUGUCCGCGCUCCAGGCGCGGGUCGAACAUGCGCGCGUGAACACUGCGCCCACUUGGACCCACCCGGAUCACGGAGGGCGCGCAUCAAUGGGUGCGCGUGCGCGCCCGAGUUCAACAUGCAACGGCGCGCCCCGCAAGCCCGAGGUGAUGGGGGUGCUUCUUCCGCGCUGCGCUGGGCUCUCCACCCCCACGCCGUACUCCACCCUCUAGACGGAUGCGCGCCCGGAAAUCAGACUGCGCAUGCGAACCCGCCUCCUGCCCCAAGCACGACGAGACUGGCACCACCGCCCAUCGACGCGGCGCCCCACCUUCGACGCUGCCCCCAUCGCGCCAAGAACGCUCGAGCUCAACGCCAGAGGUCUCAUGAAAUGCUCAGCGACUGCGCCGCUUGCGCUCUCACCACCCUCCAAACCAUCCGGGCGCUCAUGAUCUUCCAUUCACCCGGAUUUUUUGGAUCAAUAGACGGCAGCCUGAAGAUCGGUAUGACUCACCUCAGUCGGACGUCUCUUCGCCUUGCCGUUACGUUCACUACAGGGGGCCUUGCGGUAUACACGACCUUCGCACGUUCACCCGAUGUCGCGCGAGCACUUGCGCCUGAGAAGGCAGAAUUCGCUAUCGUUCUCGAAUACCUUCGAGGUCUCUUGGAGUGGACGAAGCUCGUGCUCUUCGCCAACGCCACCGCAGUGCAGUAUCGACCGCAAUUCUUGCUGAAUGGUCAACGCCGCCACCACUUGUCUCGCUGCCGUAUCCUCAGUCAAAGUAGCGCCACUUCUAUGGCUUUCUGUGGGUCGAAUUGAUGGUAGAAAAGUGGUGCGAGCUUCUCGCUUUCCGUAUGCCUCUCCUCAUUUGCCCGAACUCCUUCCUAUCUCCGUUUCUGUUGCCCGCAUACGGUUCCCUACUCAUCCUCUUCCAUUGAGCUGCUCGGGAUGCCUUGCGCUGUCCGAGCGUAGCUUCAGCAUGUCUUCGUUGAGGGCCACCUCGGGUCUCACUCAAAACAUUCAUCUGCGCAUUGGCGAACUCUCGCUCGUGAGAUGAAGCAGCCACGAUGCACUCUACUGAGUUAACCACUCAUGCACGAACAUCACCGACAUGAAGCAACGUUGGCGUCGCCUUCCUUUUCUCAACGCUUCGCGCGCAGAUACGAAGGUCCGACCGUGAUAUGAGGAUCUCAUUCCCCUCCACUCAGGAAGAGUUUGUUCCCCCCGCGCUGCUCACACGACGCG